GCGACCAGGGCCAGCGAGCUAUCUCUCGUGUCGUGUCGUGUCCGACCGGCGCCAGCGUUUCGCCGACAUGGCCGGCGACGUGCUGCCGAGGUCAUUUGUCAUGCCGCCGAACAGCGAGUUCGGGAUCAGGGAGAUCAACCCCGGCCCCGGCCUCGCCGGCUCCGGGCCUGGCGGGGCGUACGAGCUCGUCGAGAGGAUGGAGUACCUCUACGUGCGCGUCGUCAAGGCGAGGGGGCUCAAGUGGGCCGGCGACCUCGAGCCGUUCGCGGAGCUGAGGCUCGGGGGCUACUCCUGCACCACGCGCCACGUCGGGAAGACGGCGAGCCCCGAGUGGGACGACGUGUUCGCGUUCGCGCGGGAGAGGAUACACGCGCCGUUCCUGGACGUGUUCGUCCGGGGCCGGGGCUUCGCCAAGGAGGACCACGUCGGCAGCACGCGCCUGGACCUGGGUAUCCUCCCCGACGCGCCGGCGAGCGUGCAGCCCGACAGCUCGCCGGCGCCGCAGUGGUACCCCGCCUUCGACAGGAGAGGGGAGCUCCGAGGCGAGGUGAUGAUGGCCGUGUGGUUCGGCACGCAGAAAGACAGCUACUUCGACUCGGCCGUGCACGCGGACGCGGCGUUCCCCGUGGACGACAAGCUCGCGGCGCACAUCAAGCACAUACGCUACGACGUGCCACGCCUGUGCUACGUGCGCGUUAAAGUCAUCGAGGUCCGCGACAUCGUCUUCGCGGACAAGGCCCGCGUCGGCGAGGUGUUCGUCCGGUCGCGCGUACUGGGACAGGUGCACAGGACGAGGACGUCCAUGGACCACCGCUGGAGAGACGAGGAAAAUGGCCACCUGUUCGUGGCCGCCGCGCCGUUCAAGGACUACCUCAAUAUGUCCGUCGUGGGCAUCAAGAACGGCAAGGAGGAGGUCAUCGGCCAUGUCAACGUUCUGCUCGACAACUUCGAACGUCGGUGUGACACCCGCCCGAUUAGCCCGAGAUGGUUUUAUUUGAUGCAGCCGGAGGGAGCCGCCAAGGCUGACAAGUACUCUGCCAAGAUUAGCGUCGUUCUUUGCCUCGAAUGCGGGUACAAGGUGCUGUCGGAGCCGGUCCACUACCUGAGCGACGUCCGGCCGGCGGCGCGUGAGCGGGAGCGGGAGCGGGCGUGCAUUGGCCUCGUCGAGCUCGGCAUCCGCGAGGCCUCCCUCACCGCGACGCGUACGCGCGACGGCCGAGGCUCAUGCGACGCGUACUGCGUCGCCAAGUACGGGGUGAAGUGGUACCGCACGCGCACCGUCACCGACAGCCUCUCGCCGCGGUUCCACCAGCAGUACCACUGGGAGGUGCACGACCACUGCACCGUGCUCACCGUCGCCGUCUUCCACAACUCCCAGAUAGGGGACAAGGGCGGCCUCGUGGCCGGCGACCCCGUCAAGGAUGUCCUCCUCGGCAAGGUGCGGAUCCGGCUGUCGACGCUCGAGACCGGCCGCACCUACGCCUACGCCUACCCGCUCAUAUCCCUCCACGGCGGCGGCGUCAGGAAGACGGGCGAGCUCCGGCUCGCCGUACGUUUCUCCAGCACGUCGGCGCUGGGCCUGCUCCAGACGUACGCGCAGCCGCACCUUCCGGCGAUGCACUACCACCGCCCGCUGGCCGUCGUGCAGCAGGAGAUGCUGCGGCGGGAGGCGGUCACGGCCAUCGCGCACCGGCUGGGGCGGAUGGACCCGCCGCUGCGCCGGGAGUGCGUCGAGCACCUCUGCGAGUCGCACGCGCUGCGGUGGAGCAUGCGGCGCAGCAAGGCCCACUUCUUCCGCCUCGCCGAGGCGCUGGAGCCGCUGUCCGCGGCGAGCACGUGGUUCCACCACGUCUGCCGCUGGACGAACCCGGUCACCACGGUCGCGGUCCACGUCAUCUUCACCAUGCUCGUGUGCUGCCCGGGCCUCCUCCUGCCCACCUUCUUCCUGUACAAGUUCCUGCUGGGCAUGCGGAACUACCUGAGCCGGCCGAAGCACCCGUGGCACGUGGACACGAGGGUGUCGCACGCCGAGACGGCGCUCCCCGACGAGCUCGACGAGGAGUUCGACAAGUUCCCGACGGGGCGGCCACCGGAGGUGGUGCGGAUGAGGUACGACAAGCUGAGGAGUCUCAACGCGCGGAUACAGGAGAUCGUCGGGGACAUCGCGACGCACGCCGAGCGCGCGCGGUGCGUGAUGACAUGGCGGGACCCCCGGGCCACGGCCCUGUACCUGCUGGGCUGCCUGUGCCUUACCGUGAUCACGUUCUCGGUGCCGUUCCAGGCGGUGGCGCUGUUGACUGGUCUCUACCUGAUGCGGCACCCGGUUCUCCGGCAGAGGCUGCCUGACGUGGUGGCCAACUUCUUCCGACGACUUCCCUGCAAGGUGGACUGCCUACUUUAGUAUCUACAUGUAAAAUAAGUUCUCAAAAAGGACCACUAUGUAACAAGUUUUGUCAAACUUCAAAUAACU